AUGUCGAGGGCGAGGGCGAGGAGCAACGGCGAGGCUGACGAUCUGGCGCGAGCUCCGACCGGCGGGCGAUUAUCGGGCAGUGGAGAGCGAAGCGGGGAGGAGCUGCCGUCAGAUCUGGCCAGACCCUCCCCCCUCCUCCUCUCCUCCGCCCCAACUAGCCGCUCCACGCCUCGCCGCCCGUUCCCACUACGCAGCCGCCGGCGAGUAGUCGCUGCCCGCCUCGACCUCUUCACCUGGCCUUUUUCUCAAGUUCCUCUUCGCCGUAGCCUUAGCCCCCAAGUCAUUGCUUCGAACAAAUUGAGAGGGUUGACAUUCACGAUUUCUUCAAAAUGGUCCAUCUCGGACCGAGACUUUAUAGCCCAAGACAUCUGUUUCAAGAACACAGCUGGUGCAUCCAAGGGCCAGGUGGUGGCGCUGCGCGUCGACGUUGGUUUCGUCGCAUUCUACCGGUGUGCCAUUGACGGAUAUCAAGACACUUUGUAUGCGCGCUAUGGUCAGCAAUUCUAUCAAGAGUGCAACAUCUCGGGCACUAUAAGCUUUAUCUUCGGUGAUGCCUCCGCCGUCUUCCAAAACUUCAUGAUCUACGCCAAAUUGCUAAUGCAAAAGCAAUGCAAUAUCUUCACAGCCCAAGGCCGUGAAAGUGAAAGCGAGGCUACAUGCUUUUCGAUGCAAAACUGUUCCAUCCUGCCAUGGCACGAACUUGCUGCCAGCAACGGGUUAGUCAAGACGUACUUGGGUCGGCCGUGGAGGAAUUUCUAAACCACGGUGUAUAUUAGUUCGUAUAUGGACAGAAUCGUCGAUCCAAGCGGAUGAAGUGGUCAAAUGGCGACAAUCCGGCAUUGUACAAGGUGCACUAUGGCGAGUACAUAAAUUAUGGGCCGAGAAAUGGGACGCAACAAACAAGGAUAAAUUGGUCGGGAUUCCACUAGAUGCAAUACAAGGAAGCAACCAAAUUUUGAGUUUCUCAGUUUAUAAAUGGGAGUCAGUGGCUGCCUUCCAUAAGAAUCACAUAUGACUACCAUUUAUAAACUGAAAAACUCGAAAUUUGGUUGCUUCCUUGUACUGCAUCCAGUGGAAUCUUGGCCAAUUUAUCCUUGUCUGUUGUGUCCCAUUUCCCGGCCCAUAAUUUGCGUACUCGCCAUAGUGCACCUUGUACAAUGCCGGAUUGUCGCCAUUUGACCACUUCCUCCAUCCGCUUGGAUCGACGAUCCUGUCCAUAUACGACCUAAUGUACACCGUGAUUGAGUAAUUCCUCCACGGUCAACCCAAGUACGUCUUGACUGACCCGUUGCUGGCAACAAGGUCGUGCCACGACAAGAUGGAACAAUUUUGCAUUGAAAAGCCUGUAGCCUCGCUUUCUUUGUUACGACCGUGGGCUGUGAUGGUAUUGUCUUGCUCUUGCAUUGGCAAUUUGGCGUAGAUCAUGCAGUUUUGGAAGACGUCGGAGGCAUCACCGAAGAUAAAGUCUACAGUGUCCGAGAUGUUGCACUCUCGAUAGAACUGUUGACCAUAGCGCGCAUACAAAGUGUCUUGAAAUUUGGUUGCUUCCUUGUACUGCAUCCAGUGAUUUUUCAGCUUCAAGGGUGUUUUCUACGAAUUUCAAAAUUUUCACGUUGUUGUUUAUAAGUUAUAGAGUUUGCGCUAUUUUAAAGGUUUGAUAUUU